AUGCCCACCCCGAAUGGUAACUCGAUGCUCUGCCAUUUGAUGAUGUUGCAUGAGGUUCGUGAUGUAGAGGUAGCCAGGGCUGGGAAGUUUCGGUUCGAGUUACAAGGCAGGGUGGUUAAAUAUGGUGAAACGGAAUUUUGUUUGAUUAGCGGUUUGAGAUUAGGACAGUAUGUUGAUAUAAUAAAUACAAAAGUCAACACAAAUUCAACAUUAAGGAAUCGGUUGCUCCCUAAUGUGAGAGAUGAAGAGUUACGGCUGAAAAAUUUAGAAGACUACAAUAAAGGGCCAGCAUUCUCGAUGUGUAGCGCUGAGGAUGCGGUAAUGGUUAUGCAAAUGAUGUUUUUGUUAAGGGGUCUCAUAGGACGAGACGGCAAUACGUGCAUUCCGCCGGCAAUGUAUAUGCUAGCAGAUAGUCAAUAUAAUUGGAACAUGUUUGCGUGGGGUAUGUAUUUGUGGAGGUAUAAUGAAACACAAUUAAGAUUCUGGUUUGGUAAAAUCUAUAUGUAUUUGCGAGAUAAUGAGAGUGUAGGUUACACGAAGAUGAUGAAGUAUACAGUGACCGGUUUUCAGCUUCCGUUUAAGGAAAAUAACAUCCCACGUGUUUUUGAACCAACGCCUGUUGAGAUCCAUUUGUCAUUCCUUGUGCGUUAUAUAAAUUGGACUCUAGACAAAGUGCAGUCGCCACCGCAACCCCAGAGUCCUCCUAAGGAACGGUCUUCAUCACCGCAACAACAGAGUCCUCCUAAGCAACGGCCUCCAUUACCUCACCCGUCUCAAUUUCAGGGAGCAAACUACACCUCAAGCUCUCAUUUCUAG